UGCUCGUCCGGUCCGACUUUGACCUGCGAGAGGUGGCCACUGGCGCGCGCGCGCGCGCGCACUGGCUCGCACACACCCACAGGUGUUGCGCUCGUGGAGCCGCCAUCGCGCGACUCUCUCUCUCUCCCCGUCGCUCGUGUUUUCACGAUCGUCGUCGCGCAGUGUCGUCAUGGUAGCGGCGCGCGUACGUGCAGUCUGCUGCUGAUCGGCUGCCCACUCGCCCGUAGCCGUCGCUGUCUCUAGAGCUACUCUCCGGCCGUCUUGGCGCUCGCGCGAGCACGCCUCCUUUGUGCUGAUCGGUCCAGAUGCCUUCGCCACUCGCUAUUCGUCCGAGGACAUCAUGCCCGUUGCCGCCGUUACCGCUGCCUCUGCCUGCGACGCCCUCGGCCACCUCGCAAGGAUAACCAGCAAGCGUACGCUCGCUUCUUCCUUUGUCCUUCUCAGCAAUCAUGGCAGCGCACCGAGUACGCGGUCAGCAGCCGUGCCGUCGCCGCCGCCGCCUGCCGCUCGCCUGGCUGUGCGUCUGCUCGGCGCUGCUGCUGGCGGGACCGGCGCGCUGUUCGCUGACCACGCAGCGGGUCCCGGCUGAGGCGGCGGCGUCCGGCACGACGGACGGUUCGGCAACGACUCCGCCGACGAGUACCGUCGCGGAGGUGGGCACCGACGCGGCGCCGACCAGCGAGCGCACGAGCAACGCCAUACCCGAGGCCGAGCAGGGUGCCGCCGAGCUGCUCAAGAAGCACGGCGCUAAGAAGGAGCUUUCCGCGCAGACAGACCACCUGGACAAGCCCUAUCCCUACCUCCGGAAGAAGUCCGCCGCCGCGGACAAGGAGGACGGUGACGCAGCGAUCCGCCAGGGGAAACGCUCGGGCGACUCGCUCGCCCUUAACGGCAGCCUGCAGCUCGUCUUCGCGCCGAGAGGCGCGCCCGAGGCUACCACUGUCAGCGGCAGCAGCAGCAGCAGCACCGCCACCGCCACCGCCACCGCCACCGCCGCCCUCUCGACCCUCCACGACGAGCAAGACCUCGUCACCACCGUCUCCGACGACGUCGGCGACGACGACCGGAGCACCGCUACGAGUACUAUGCGCCUCGCCGAGCCGACCACUCCCUUCGCAGAUAUCAGCUCCGUCGGGGAAGUCGACACCGAGAGCUCUGCGCCGCUCAGCGGUCAGUCAACGUCGACCGCGCUCCAGCAGCUGUCCACCGCCUCACUGCUCGCCUCUUCGACCGUCCAGUUCGAGGCUACCAAUGCCGCCGAGACCGAUGUUCCGACCACCCUCGUGACCGAGUCGCUGACCACCAGCGCUCGCGAGGAGCCCUCCACUACGCCCCCCCUCGAACAGGAGCACUCGACCACGGCGACCACUCCGGGAGUCACUCUGCCGCCAGAAACCAUCACCAUUACGGAACCUACCGCAACGACCUCGACCUUAGGGUCUCUCUUGACGACGCCGCCGACGACAACGACGUCCGUCGCUCUUACCACGACCACGGCCGCGACCAUGACCUCUUCCGCGAUCAUCCCUGCCAAGACUACUACCACCACCACAACGACAAGGACAAGGACAAGGACAAGGACAACGACGACAACGACAACGACAACGACAACGACAACGACAACGACAACGACAACGACAACGACAACGACAACCCCCAAGCCUUCGACGGCGGUUGUCAGCCCAAAGAACGUUGCAACGACUACGAUGGCUUCCGAGGCGUUUAGUGCCGUCACCACCUGGCAGGACGAAACCUCUGAACCCACCACCGAACCCUUCUCUCCCACGCCUACGUCCGAAGACGUCACCGUGCUCGUCAGAAUUAUGCUCGAAGGUAGUUGGCAGGAGGUCUGCUCGAAGCUACCAAUCCUGCGACAGUCGCUCACCGACCUAAUCAACAACAACGUUGACAAGCCAAUAUCUACGAGACAAGUUAUCUUCCAUCAGACUCAGUGCUCGGAAAGCUUGACGCCCACGUCAUUGGUGGCGGAAACGCAACUGACUCCCGUACUAGUCUACAUCGUCGACGAGAAUGGCAAUUUCGACGGAAAACUCACGAAGCUCUUGCCGAGUCUCUACGAAUCGUCGCCUAUUGAUUUUCCAUUGACGAUCCACAGCGUGACCCUGGUGCCGGAGGCCGAUUCGGGCAACGCCAUAGCCGUAGUUAUUGUGUCAAGCGUCGCCUUCGUCUGCUUGAUACUGUUGGCCGGUCUGCUGUUCAUCAUGAGAAAACGCCAAGGGCGCUUCAAUUACGGGGAGCGCUGUCGGCCAGUGUCGCUGGACGCCUACAGCUUGGACAGCGUCUCGGCCUACAACAGCGUCAGGCGCAGCAAGUCCGUGGUGAGAUCCUCCAAGCGCAGCUACGGCAAUCCGGCCUUCGAAGACUCGAGCGUUACACCCACGCACCCGCUAAACUUCGCCGGAAUCGCGACGUUUUGCAACGACACCAGUGCCGUGGCCGAGGAGUUCGCGAACAUUCCGCAGAUCCACUCGAAGAUAGAAGAGCUACCGCCAGGGGCGGAGAUCAAGAAUCGAUACGCGAACGUGAUACCCCUGCCAGAGACCCGAGUGCCUUUGCAGAGGAUCAACGGCGAUCCCCUUAGCGAGUACGUCAACGCGAGCUACGUGAGGGGCCCGAAGAACGCCACCAAGUACUACAUCGCCUGCCAAGCGCCAACCGAAGCGACGGUGGCCGACUUUUGGCGCAUGAUCUGGGAGCAGCAGUGCAAGGUCAUCAUCAUGCUGACCCACUUGGUGGAGAACGGAGUCGACAAGUGCACCGAGUACAUUCCUCCGCUGGAAGUCAGCGACUGCCACCGGCUCUACGGGGACUACCAGGUGACGCUGAAGAAGCGCGAAGCCAAAGAAAAGUACGCCAUCUCGACGCUGCACCUGAAGAACUUGGAGAACAACACGUUCCGCGAGGUCUCGCACAUUUGGUACUUGUGGCCGGCGAGCGGAGUACCGACGGACGCGGCCGGGCUGAUCGCCGUUCUGCUGGAAGCGCGGGCUCUCCAACGAGGCGCUACCGGGCCAAUCGUGGUGCACUGUAGCCCAGGCACCGGGCGCACCGGCACCCUCAUCGCGCUCGACCUCUGCAUACGACAGUACGAGGUGACGCGCACCAUCGACCUGCCCAGAGUCGUUUAUACCGUUCGCAGGGAUCGAGCCGGAGCCGUGCAAACCAGGGAGCAGUACCUCUUUAUAUACAAGGGAUUGAAUCUAUACGCCAGUAAGCUCGCCGGUGGGUGUAUCGACUCUACUUGAUCGCCGCCUCUCGCCCAUCCGUUCCUCGACGAUCAAUCAACGCGCCAGUGCAAAGUUUGCACAAUUCAUUGUGAUAUAUCGAUAUGCCUCGAGCGCUACACAGGCAUCCCAUCCCCUGGAACUUUCCCUUGUCGACCACCGUUCUUCUCGGCCUACCUAUACGCGUGAUCGGCGCCGACCGCUUUGCUACGUCGGACGCCUUCUCGUUCGAACACGUCAACAUUUGUAGUUACAAACUUGUGUAGUUGAAUUUCGAGUUUCAUGUACAUAUGCGUUACCUAAGCCAACUACUGCUAUCUGCAACACUGAUAAAGUAAAUUUAUCUCUACGGCAGGCUGUUGAACACGUGUAAAUUACAUCUAUACACUAUGUAUUUUACUGUUACUGUUAUUGUUUUUUUUUAAAUGUUGUAUCAGUUAUGCAUCCAUACUCAUAUGACGUGUCGCUCUCUAAUUUGUAAAUAAUUAUCUCGUGCGACGAACGCGAGUUUUCGUAUCUUGGAGAGAUUCUGCUGUAGCAGAUAGUACGACUCUUUAACAAAUGUAUCAAGAUAUUUUUUCAAGUUCCUUGAUAACGGUAAAGUAGUCAUGACUGCAUACAUACAAUUAUACAGGAAAUGUAUUUCAUAAGAUGACUAUUCGUAUUCAAGAGUAACGGAUCAUUGUUUGUCGUUAUUUAUUUUAAAAAAUAUAUACAGAUCAGUUAUCGCAAUAAAAAAAUCAUUUUCGUAUUUUUAAAUAUAAUUAACAGUUAUCAUUUAAAACCAAAGGAUGCAAAUCAUCGAAUUCUAUGUGAUAAGGUGAGUGAGAGGGCUUAGAAAAUGAAUAUCAUCAAUUUUCCAGUGAUUGUAUUAUAUUAAAUAAUCAUUAUUAACUGGACUAAAUACAUUAGAAUGGUUUCGUCUUAAAUUAUAUACAUUCUCAAUUUCCGCCCGCGUUCCAUACACUAAUUUUUCAUAUUUUAAAUACAAGAUUUUCUUUUAUACACGCGCUCAAAAUUUGCGCAUAUACAACCCGUUUGCCGAGUGUACAUUCGUAGAUGUUCGCACGUUUUACAUAAUUCUUUAUAUUCAAGUUGUCAGACUUUAGGCGAAUAACAUUAACAAUACAUUAUAUGCACUUGAUGCAUAUGAAGCCUGUUUCGGAGAGAUAAUUGAUUUACUCCACUUUAUGUAUAUAUUUAUAUAUUCGUUUUUCGUUUACAUUAUCAUCUGGAAACAAUAAUUGUAAGUGUGGUGCCUUACUCGCGCAGUAAUUGAUGAAUAAAUUUGGCAAUUAGAACGGUAAUAGAUACGCUUGGAGAAGUGUCAAAUCAUAUUAUGCCGUGUACGUAAGAUCAGCAAUAUAUCUUGGUACGCAUCAUUCAGGAACUUUGAGAUUAGUACGUCUAUCAGGAAAAGAGCAGCGACAUUUAUUAUUUUGUUAUAAAAGUACAUUCAUCUGACGGCUCAAUCAACAAUUUGUAGAUUCGCUGCUUAGAGAAAGGCACCUCAAAUCUUUACCACAUUCCUGAAAUAUCGUAUGCUUUCCAACAAGGUUCUUAAAUCAUUCUUUAUAGAUUUCAACUCUUCUCGAUUAAUACGUCAUUGAUAAGUCAAAUUGGAUCGGAGUUUCGAGUCGAGUAUACGAUACAAGUAUACUUGCUUUGAUUAAUUCGAAAAAUUGCCUGCCUAAUUGACACUUGAUAUACUUUUCAAUAUUUUCUCUUCGACAAAUUUUUAGACCUGCAUGCGUAUUCUUACACGAUUGAUGACUCUUAUAAAUUUUUAUACACCGCCAUAAGAACAUUGAAUUCUUGGAAAUGGACCUUGCCAUGGACAUAUUGUAUGCGUAAAAUAUUGAAUACGAUAGCGACAAAUUUUUAUCAACCAUAUAUAAAUGUACACUGUUAUAGUAGGUUUAGCUGAUGCAUAAUUGAUCAUAUGUUCAGAUUUCAAAGCUAAAAUCAUUAAAUUAGCGAUUCUUGAUUUAAAGAAAGUAUAAUACUGUUAUAAAGCUAAUUAUUAAACGAAUGAAAAUUAUCAAUUUUAAAAAUUGUUAUAAAACACUACAAUCGAAUACUCUGUUUUCAACGCAAAUCUUAACACUAAAUAUAUUUGUUAUCAAAACGUUUGGUACAAAAAAUUUACUACUUUCAAUUUAACUAUCUUGACUCAACCAGAAAUAUUGUUCCAAUUGUGUAAUGAUAAUCAGCAAGGAAAUCAAAAGUUGUUGAUCAACAUUUGACUUAUAAACACAUUUAGAAAAACAAUAAAAUUUAUUAUUCUUCAUCUCGACUCCAACAGUAUUUCAAUGCGGAAAUAAUAGCUUCGGGCAUCACGCCAAUGAAAUAAUGUGAAUACUAAGGCUGGAUAAUGAAUUGAUUAAUAAUUUAAUGAUUUAGCGUGAGAUAAAUACUCAAUAGUCAGGUCCACGUCUACACACACACACGUCCAUACACAUACAAAUAGAAACCCUAAAUUAUCAAUACAAUUAUAUUGAAAAGUUAUUAUCAACGUAGAAAAUUUUCCUUGAGCAGAUAAACCAAUUCAAUUGUAUGUGCGCGAUAUAUAUAUAUAUCUGCAACCUUACUUUUAUCGAUUGAGAUUUCAAUCAGAAUUCCGAUAUUUAAUAUUAAGAUUCGUCCAAAUGAUUAUAAGAGUAUUUGAACAUCAGAUUAGAAAGUUAAAUAUUGUUAUAAAACACAGAAAAUCAAUUAGUUUGGAAGAACAUGACCAUUGAUCAUUAUCACAAAGUCUAUGAAAAAGUUUUCUAGAUAUCGUCAAAAGUUUUAGCAUACGAGUGAAAUAUCUUUUUACAAAACGAUUUUGCAUUCAAUUUUUCUUUACAUCUCAAUUUAUUUUUUCCUAAAUAUCUAAAAUGUUUAUAUCAAAAUACCAUUUUUACGUAAAGGAUCACUCAAAUUCAAAAAAUGGCGCAGAAAUUUCGAAUACCGAAAAUGGUUUAGAAUAAUCUUUGGUCGCUUAUGCAAAGUGUUCAUUAAUUACUCAUCGACGACUUUAAGACAAUGUUUUAAAAAAAUUGAUUGUUGAUCGUUCUAUUAAACAAAGAUUAAGCAACUUUAGAAUCACGAGAAACGUUUUAAAAUUAAUUAGAAAAAGUUCGCCAAAUGAGAUUCUCGGUUAAGCAUUAUUUAAAAGAAACAAAUAUCCGUACCUUCUAUUAUCUGUUUAAAAUUGAUCAAACUAUUUGGUAUUUGUACAAAAUGAAAAUUGAACAAAUUAAAAAACACUAGCUGUUUCAUGAGAUUAAGUAAAAUAAAGUGGGGGUACACUUUUAAAAAUAAAACGUAGGUACGUACAUUUGUAUAAACGUAAAAUAUUUGAGCUAAUCGUAAAUAGUGCAAAACAGGAUAAACACUCCUGUCAACUAAAAGUAAAUAUUUAGCAAGACAUACUUGUGCAAAGGGUAGGUAG